UUAGGGGUGCGGGUGAUUGGAGCAUCGUUUGCUGACUUGCAAUUUGCUGCUGACCGGCAGAAGAUUGUUCCUGUAUUGAAGGUGAGUGCUGGUGAAGGUCACUGUGCAUGGGCCAACACAGCCCAUCGAGCUGCUCAGCUCACUUGCCUCCUUCUCCCUGCCGCCGCUCUGCCUCCUCCUCCUAAGAGCCCCCCCUUGCUCCCCUGA